AUGGCAUUUGUGUCAGCACAAGGGCCUACGGUAGUGGACCAAACCACUUUGAUGAAAAAAUACCUUCAGUUUGUGGCAGCUCUUACAGAUGUCAAUACACCUGAUGAAACCAAAUUGAAAAUGAUGCAAGAAGUCAGUGAGAAUUUUGAGAAUGUGACAUCCUCCCCUCAGUAUUCUACAUUCCUGGAACACAUCAUCCCUAGGUUUCUCACCUUUCUACAGGAUGGAGAAGUUCAGUUUCUGCAGGAGAAGCCAGCACAGCAACUCCGAAAGCUAGUGCUUGAAAUAAUCCACAGAAUACCAACAAAUGAACAUCUUCGUCUUCAUACCAAAAAUAUCCUGUCUGUGAUGUUUAGAUUUCUAGAGACAGAGAAUGAAGAAAAUGUCCUGAUUUGCUUAAGGAUAAUUAUUGAAUUGCACAAACAGUUCCGACCAGCAAUCACUCAAGAAAUCCAUCAUUUUUUGGACUUUGUGAAACAGAUUUACAAAGAACUUCCAAAAGUAGUGAAUCGGUAUUUUGAGAAUCCUCAAGUGAUUCCAGAGAACACUGUCCCUACUCCUGAAAUGGUUGGCAUGAUCACAACAAUUGUGGUGAAAGUAAACCCUGAACGAGAAGAUAGUGAAACGAGAACACAUUCUAUAAUUCCAAGAGGAUCUUUAUCUCUAAAGGUCUUGGCUGAGCUACCAAUUAUUGUUGUUCUUAUGUAUCAGCUCUACAAACUGAACAUUCACAACGUAGUAGCUGAAUUUGUGCCCUUGAUUAUGAACACUAUUAUAAUACAGGUUUCUGCUCAAGCAAGGCAACAUAAACUUUAUAACAAAGAAUUGUAUGCUGAUUUCAUCGCUGCUCAAAUUAAAACCUUAUCUUUUUUGGCUUACAUCAUAAGAAUUUACCAGGAAUUAGUUGCUAAAUAUUCUCAGCAAAUGGUGAAAGGAAUGUUGCAGUUGCUCUCCAAUUGUCCAGCUGAGACAGCACAUCUCCGGAAGGAGCUUCUGAUUGCUGCUAAGCACAUCCUGACAACAGACUUGAGGAGCCAAUUUAUUCCAUGUAUGGACAAGCUGUUUGAUGAAUCUAUACUAAUUGGCUCUGGAUAUACUGCCCGAGAGACACUGAGACCACUUGCAUAUAGUACCCUGGCAGACCUGGUACAUCAUGUCCGUCAGCAUUUACCACUCAAUGAUCUCUCCCUUGCUGUCCAGUUAUUUGCCAAGAACAUUGAUGAUGAGUCGUUGCCUAGCAGUAUCCAGACAAUGUCUUGCAAGCUUCUGCUAAAUCUGGUAGACUGCAUCAGGUCUAAAAGCGAACAGGAAAAUGGAAAUGGUAGAGAUAUUCUUAUGAGAAUGCUGGAGGUGUUUGUUCUGAAAUUUCACACCAUAGCACGGUACCAGCUUUCUGUUAUUUUUAAGAAGUGCAAGCCCCAGUCUGAGCUUGGGGCGGCUGAAGCCGCGUUACCUGGGGUACCAACAGCAGCCAAUGCAGCGCCUGUGCCUGUGCCAUCCCCUGCCCCAGCCACUCCAGUGGCUCCUGCACCAGUACCUGUGUUUGAAAAACAAGGGGAGAAAGAAAAAGAAGAUAAACAGACGUUUCAGGUCACAGAUUGCCGAAGCUUAGUAAAAACUUUGGUCUGUGGUGUCAAGACAAUCACAUGGGGCAUAACAUCAUGCAAAGCUCCUGGUGAAGCACAGUUCAUUCCCAAUAAGCAAUUGCAACCUAAGGAGACUCAAAUCUAUAUAAAACUGGUAAAAUAUGCAAUGCAAGCUUUAGAUAUUUAUCAGGUCCAAAUAGCAGGAAAUGGACAAACAUAUGUGCGAGUAGCAAACUGCCAGACAGUCAGAAUGAAAGAGGAAAAGGAAGUGCUGGAGCAUUUUGCUGGUGUGUUCACCAUGAUGAACCCUUUAACUUUUAAAGAAAUCUUUCAAACUACUGUUCCUUAUAUGGUUGAGAGAAUCUCAAAAAACUAUGCUCUUCAGAUUGUUGCCAAUUCCUUCCUGGCAAACCCUACUACCUCUGCCCUCUUUGCAACAAUAUUGGUAGAAUAUCUUCUGGACCGACUACCAGAAAUGGGCUCUAAUGUGGAACUCUCCAAUCUGUAUCUCAAGCUGUUCAAGUUAGUCUUUGGCUCAGUUUCACUGUUUGCAGCUGAAAAUGAACAAAUGCUGAAGCCACAUUUGCACAAGAUUGUCAACAGCUCUAUGGAACUUGCACAGACUGCCAAAGAGCCCUACAACUAUUUCCUGCUGCUCAGAGCACUGUUCAGAUCUAUUGGAGGAGGCAGUCAUGAUCUGCUCUACCAAGAAUUCUUGCCACUGUUACCGAACUUACUGCAAGGACUUAAUAUGUUGCAAAGUGGCCUUCAUAAACAACACAUGAAAGACUUGUUUGUGGAGCUCUGCCUCACUGUGCCGGUUCGCUUGAGCUCGUUGCUGCCUUACCUGCCAAUGCUGAUGGAUCCCUUGGUGUCAGCUCUCAACGGAUCUCAGACCCUGGUUAGCCAAGGCUUAAGAACCCUUGAGUUGUGUGUGGAUAACUUGCAGCCAGACUUUCUGUAUGAUCACAUUCAGCCUGUUCGAGCUGAGCUAAUGCAGGCUUUGUGGCGUACGCUGCGCAAUCCUGCAGACAGCAUUUCUCAUGUGGCUUACCGUGUACUGGGUAAAUUUGGUGGAAGUAACAGGAAGAUGUUAAAGGAAUCACAGAAACUACAAUAUGUAGUCACAGAAAUCCAAGGGCCCAGUAUUACUAUUGAGUUUUCAGAUUGUAAAGCAUCCAUUCAGCUCCCAAUGGAAAAGGCAAUUGAGACUGCUCUGGAUUGUUUGAAGAGUGCUAACACAGAACCGUAUUAUCGGAGGCAAGCGUGGGAAGUAAUCAAGUGUUUUUUAGUAGCUAUGAUGAGCCUGGAUGAUAAUAAACAUGCAUUAUACCAACUUCUUGCACAUCCCAACUUUACUGAGAAGUCCAUACCCAGUGUGAUUAUUUCUCAUCGAUACAAAGCUCAGGAUACUCCAGCUCGUAAAACGUUUGAACAGGCGUUGACAGGGGCGUUCAUGUCAGCAGUCAUCAAAGACCUGAGGCCUAGUGCUCUGCCUUUUGUGGCCAGCUUGAUCCGCCAUUACACAAUGGUGGCAGUGGCCCAGCAGUGUGGUCCUUUUUUGCUGCAGUGUUACCAGGUUGGAAGCCAGCCUAGCACAGCCAUGUUUCAUAGUGAAGAAAAUGGUUCAAAAGGCAUGGAUCCCUUGGUGCUUAUUGAUGCCAUAGCAAUCUGCAUGGCAUAUGAGGAGAAGGAACUCUGCAAAAUAGGAGAGGUGGCUCUGGCAGUGAUAUUUGAUGUUGCAAGCAUUAUCUUGGGUUCGAAGGAAAGGGCUUGUCAGCUUCCCUUGUUUUCAUACAUUGUGGAACGUUUAUGUGCUUGCUGUUAUGAACAAGCUUGGUAUGCUAAACUAGGAGGUGUUGUGUCAAUUAAAUUUCUUAUGGAACGACUGCCACUGAUUUGGGUCCUCCAGAACCAGCAGACUUUCCUGAAGGCACUUCUUUUUGUUAUGAUGGAUCUAACUGGAGAGGUGUCUAAUGGAGCAGUUGCUAUGGCAAAGACCACAUUAGAACAGCUUUUGAUUAGAUGUGCAACUCCUUUAAAAGAUGAAGAAAAAACGGAAGAAAUCCUGGCAGCACAGGAGAAGUCUUUCCAUCAUGUAACACAUGACCUUGUUCGAGAAGUAACUUCUCCAAACUCUACUGUCAGAAAGCAGGCCAUGCAUUCAUUGCAGGUGCUUGCACAGGUCACUGGAAAAAGUGUCACGGUGAUUAUGGAGCCACAUAAAGAGGUUCUCCAAGACAUGGUUCCUCCUAAAAAGCAUUUACUAAGGCAUCAACCUGCAAAUGCCCAGAUUGGCCUGAUGGAAGGAAAUACAUUUUGCACAACCCUGCAACCUCGAUUGUUUACAAUGGAUCUAAAUGUUGUGGAACACAAGGUUUUCUACACAGAGUUACUGAACUUGUGUGAGGCUGAAGACACUGCCUUAAUGAAACUACCUUGUUACAAAAGUCUUCCAUCGCUUGUACCUCUCCGGAUUGCAGCCUUAAAUGCUCUAGCUGCCUGCAAUUACUUGCCUCAGUCGAGGGAGAAAAUCAUUGCUGCACUUUUCAAGGCACUUAAUUCAACAAACAAUGAACUGCAGGAGGCAGGAGAAGCAUGCAUGAGAAAGUUCUUGGAAGGAGCUACCAUAGAAGUUGAUCAAAUUCACACACACAUGAGACCAUUGCUUAUGAUGUUGGGAGACUAUCGAAGUCUGACACUCAAUGUUGUGAAUCGUCUGACAUCUGUCACUAGACUUUUUCCAAACUCUUUUAAUGAUAAAUUCUGUGAUCAGAUGAUGCAACACCUGCGUAAAUGGAUGGAAGUUGUAGUUAUUACACACAAAGGUGGACAGCGGAGUGAUGGAAAUCCUGCAGCGGAAGGGGUAGAGGAAAUGAAGAUUUGUUCAGCAAUUAUAAACUUAUUCCAUCUGAUCCCAGCUGCCCCUCAAACCUUGGUUAAACCUCUUCUGGAAGUUGUUAUGAAAACAGAACGAGCAAUGUUAAUUGAGGCUGGCAGUCCAUUCAGGGAACCACUGAUAAAAUUUUUGACACGCCAUCCAUCCCAGACUGUGGAGCUUUUCAUGAUGGAAGCCACUUUAAAUGAUCCACAGUGGAGCAGAAUGUUUAUGAGUUUCUUAAAACAUAAAGAUGCCAAACCCCUGAGAGAUGUACUGGCAGCUAAUCCCAACCGAUUCAUCACUCUGCUGCUGCCUGUUGGUACCCAAGCAGCUGUCAGACCUGGUUCUCCAAGCACCACCACAAUGCGCCUCGAUCUACAGUUUCAGGCUAUCAAGAUCAUAAGUAUUAUUGUUAAGAAUGAUGAAUGCUGGUUAGCAAAUCAGCAUUCCUUGGUGAAUCAGCUGAAGCGUGUAUGGGUGAGUGAAGCUUUUCAGGAGAGACAUCGUAAGGAGAAUAUGGCUGCAACAAAUUGGAAAGAACCAAAGCUGUUAGCAUAUUGCUUACUGAAUUACUGCAAAAGAAAUUAUGGUGACAUAGAGUUGCUUUUCCAGUUGCUUCGAGCUUUUACGGGUCGAUUUCUUUGCAAUAUGACUUUCUUAAAGGAAUACAUGGAAGAAGAGAUCCCCAAAAACUACAGUAUUCCCCAAAAACGGGCUUUGUUCUUCCGGUUUGUAGACUUCAAUGACCCAAACUUUGGAGAUGAGCUCAAAGCCAAGGUGCUGCAACAUAUCCUGAAUCCUGCCUUCUUGUACAGUUUUGAAAAGGGAGAAGGUGAACAGCUGUUGGGACCCCCAAAUCCAGAAGGAGAUAAUCCAGAAAGCAUUACUAGUGUUUUUAUAACAAAGGUACUUGAUCCGGAAAAGCAGGCUGAUAUGCUGGAUUCCCUCAGGAUCUAUCUCUUGCAGUUUGCUACCCUUCUGGUUGAGCAUGCUCCACAUCACAUUCAUGACAAUAACAAGAACCGGAACAGCAAACUCCGGCGCUUGAUGACCUUUGCUUGGCCCUGCCUCCUCUCCAAGGCGUGUGUGGACCCAGCCUGCAAAUACAGUGGACACUUGCUUUUGGCACACAUCAUAGCGAAAUUUGCCAUACAUAAGAAGAUAGUUCUGCAGGUUUUUCACAGUCUUCUAAAAGCUCAUGCCAUGGAGGCCCGAGCUAUUGUCAGGCAAGCAAUGGCAAUUCUGACUCCAGCUGUGCCUGCUCGGAUGGAGGAUGGACAUCAGAUGCUGACUCACUGGACACGAAAAAUCAUUGUGGAAGAGGGUCAUACAGUUCCCCAACUUGUACAUAUUUUGCACUUAAUAGUACAACAUUUCAAGGUUUAUUAUCCAGUCAGACAUCAUUUGGUUCAGCAUAUGGUUAGUGCCAUGCAGAGACUAGGCUUCACUCCCAGUGUUACAAUAGAGCAAAGAAAAUUAGCAGUGGAUCUUGCUGAAGUAGUUAUUAAAUGGGAAUUGCAAAGAAUUAAAGACCAGCAGCCAGAUUCAGAUAUGGAUUCAAGUGCAAGUGGAGAAGGAGCAAGUUCUGCCUCAUCUGCUGUCAAAAGAGGACUGUCUGUGGAUUCUGGCCAAGAAGUAAAACGAUUCAGGACAGCGACAGGAGCAAUAAGUGCUGUGUUCGGACGCAGCCAGUCCCUGCCCGGAGCUGAUGCGCUGCUUUCCAAGCCCAUCGACAAGCAGCACACAGAUACAGUCGUGAAUUUCUUGAUUAGAAUUGCUUGCCAGGUAAAUGACAACUCAAACACUGCUGGAUCUCCUGGGGAAUUGCUGUCACGCCGCUGUGUCAACCUCCUGAAAACAGCUUUACGACCAGACAUGUGGCCCAAAUCAGAACUGAAGUUGCAGUGGUUUGAUAAGCUGCUAAUGACUGUGGAACAACCCAAUCAGGCCAACUUUGCAAACAUUUGCACGGGCUUAGAGGUCUUAAGUUUCCUGUUGACUGUGCUGCAGCCUCCUGCUGUCCUUAGCAGCUUCAAACCCCUGCAACGAGGCGUCGCCGCUUGUAUGACCUGUGGCAACACCAAGGUUUUGAGAGCAGUGCACAGUUUGCUUUCUCGCUUGAUGGGCAUUUUCCCUACAGAACCAAGUACCUCAAGUGUUGCUUCAAAGUAUGAAGAGCUGGAAUGCCUUUAUGCUGCAGUUGGAAAGGUUAUUUAUGAAGGACUUACUAACUAUGAAAAAGCCACUAAUGCCAACCCUUCUCAGCUCUUUGGUACUUUAAUGAUUCUGAAGUCUGCGUGCAGUAACAACCCCAGCUAUAUUGACAGGCUGAUUUCAGUCUUUAUGCGAUCUCUGCAGAAGAUGGUCAGGGAACACUUGAACCCACAGGCUACAGCAGGAACAGCAGAAGCAAAUACAGCAGGGACAAGUGAACUGGUAAUGCUAAGCCUAGAUCUUGUGAAAACUCGCCUGGCUGUGAUGAGUAUGGAAAUGAGGAAGAAUUUUAUACAAGCUAUUCUAACAUCUCUCAUUGAAAAAUCUACUGAUGCCAAAAUUCUUCGUGCAGUGGUAAAAAUAGUGGAAGAGUGGGUGAAAAACAAUUCCCCGAUGGCAGCUAACCAGACACCUACUCUCCGGGAGAAGUCCAUUUUACUAGUGAAAAUGAUGACUUACAUUGAAAAGCGUUUUCCAGAAGACCUUGAAUUAAAUGCUCAGUUCUUAGACCUUGUUAACUACGUCUAUAGGGAUGAGAACCUUUCUGGUAGUGAACUUACUGCAAAGCUAGAGCCAGCAUUUCUUUCGGGUUUGCGUUGUGCCCAGCCACUCAUACGAGCCAAAUUUUUUGAGGUCUUUGACAAUUCCAUGAAACGUCGUGUUUAUGAGCGCCUGCUUUAUGUGACCUGUUCCCAAAACUGGGAAGCAAUGGGAAAUCACUUUUGGAUAAAACAGUGCAUCGAGCUCCUGUUGGCAGUGUGUGAGAGAAACACUACAAUUGGGACAAGCUGCCAGGGUGCCAUGCUGCCCUCUAUCACCAAUGUUAUCAACCUUGCUGACAGUCAUGAUAGAGCAGCAUUUGCUAUGGUCACCCACGUCAAGCAAGAGCCUCGUGAAAGGGAAAACAGUGAAUCCAAAGAAGAGGAUGUUGAAAUAGAUAUUGAAUUGGCUCCGGGAGAUCAGACCAGUACACCUAAAACUAAGGAGCUCUCUGAGAAGGACAUUGGCAAUCAGCUGCACAUGUUGACCAACCGGCAUGACAAGUUUCUUGACUCUCUUCGAGAAGUGAAGACUGGAGCAUUGCUGAGUGCCUUUGUUCAGUUAUGUCAUAUUUCGACACCGUUAGCAGAGAAGACUUGGAUACAGCUUUUUUCAAGACUUUGGAAAAUCUUGUCUGACAGGCAACAACAUGCUCUGGCAGGUGAAAUAAGCCCUUUCUUGUGCAGUGGUAGCCAUCAAGUACAGCGAGAUUGCCAGCCGAGUGCACUGAAUUGCUUUGUGGAAGCAAUGUCACAGUGUGUUCCUCCCAUUCCCAUCAGACCUUGUGUCCUGAAAUACCUGGGUAAAACUCACAAUCUCUGGUUUCGUUCUACACUGAUGCUGGAACAUCAAGCCUUUGAAAAAGGACUGAGUCUACAAAUUAAGCCUAAACAGACAACAGAAUUUUAUGAGCAGGAAAGCAUAACUCCUCCUCAACAG